UGUAGAUUCUGGCUGAUGAUGUCACUGACACAAAGAAAAAAAAAUGCAAAACAGUCUUAAAUAAGCUUUCUGGUGAGACCAACUGCAUUUUGGCCAUGGCUCUGCAGAGCACUCUGGGGACAGUGUGGGUGGGACUUCUCCUCAACUCUCUCUGGAAUGUUGCAGAAAGCAAGGACCAAGUGUUUCAGCCUUCCACAGUGGCAUCUUCGGAGGGAGCCAUGGUGGAAAUCUUCUGUAAUCACUCUGUGUCCAAUGCUUACAACUUCUUCUGGUACCUUCACUUCCCGGGAUGUGCACCAAGACUCCUUGUUAAGGGCUCAAAGCCUUCUCAGCAGGGACGAUACAACAUGACCUAUGAACGAUUUCUUUCUUCAUCGCUGGCUCAUCCUCCAGACGUGCGGAGGCAAGGCAUGCUGCUGUUAUGAUUACUGUGCUGUGAGACACA